AAGUACGUGGCAGACCCCCUUCGUGAAUUCAAUGAACACCUCUCAAUAAAAGGAUGCCCACCCAGUUCGAACAUAAAACUAUGGCCAGAGUCUACCUUGUUAUAUCAUCGCUAACUGUUCUGUUGCCGGCAAUCUGCAAUGCUUUACACCUCGAUCCGGAAUGUGAGGAUGGUGUAGUGGUUGGCACCAAUGCUACUGCUUUUCUCGAGUUUAUUAAUAGCUAUAGAAGGAAAUUGGUUGAGGGAACUCAGAAUAAUGGAAAAGAUCAAGACCCUUUACCGAAAGCAAUUAAUGUCAAAGAUGUGGAGUGGGACUGUGAAUUGGAGGAAUAUGCGCAAUUACAAAUGACAAAAAGGCCAUGUGGUUUUGUAGUAGAUCCUGGUUACCCUUGGGACGAUGUAUCAGGAGAACACGCUGGCGUAUACAUGGCGGCUUAUUUCAACGUUAGUGAUAAUUAUGAUAAUCCUUGGGAAAACGCGAUCUCGUGGCACGACCUUGUGGAGCCUGUUUUGCAAGUAAUUGACAACAUCGACAAAGCAGCCUUCACUAUUGAAUAUGGACGUGUUGCACUCAAAAAUGACACGUUUGACGACGUACGCAAAUAUGCCGAAUGGGUGCGAGCAGAUGUCACUAAAAUAGCCUGCGCCGUAGAAUACUGCACAAUUACUCCGAAUCAAUUCACAAUGCUAUGUAUCACUGAUCAACCGCCCAUUCAAAAAGGUAGCAAUUAUACGCUUUACGAAGCCGAAACAGCCACUAUAGCGACGACUUCUGCAACCACUACUACAACUAUUGCAUCAACUACCAUUGCCUCCACAGCAGCUACCACUAAGAUCACUACCAGCUUAGCCACCACACCUACAGUACCCACAGGCACACCAUGUCCAACAGCUCCAACAACUCCGUGUCCAACAGCUCCAACAACUCCGUGUCCGACCUAUCCGCCAGCGAGAGCGAAAAGGGAGGUGAAGACAGUAAAUGUGGACGUGUUUGUGAAGAGAGGAAAGUUACCCAAAGCUGCACCUGGUGAGAAUCAAAUCUGUUCCAACAACAUAGGGAUGACAGACUCAUUGAGGACGCUUUUCCUUAACAUGCAUAAUUAUCGCAGAGCCAAGCUAGCUUUGGGAAAAGUCAUUAGUUAUAAUCGUAAGCGCAUGCCACCAGCCAAAAAUAUUUUCAAAUUGAGCUAUGCCUGCGGACUGGAAGCAGCGGCUUUGCGCUACGCUACCUAUUGCCCAUCGACAAAGUCUAAAGCGAAUGUUAGACCGCUUCAAGGAGAAAACUUUUUACGUCUUGCUAAAGUCGGCUUUUCAAGUUUUGCAGAUGCAGUAAACAUGACUGUUUACGAUUGGUGGGAUAUUGUCAAUGAUACUCCUGUCAUUGACAACACAGCAAAACUCCUUAUUCGCCGUCUUCGCUCUCCUAUAGCAACUUUUACGCAGAUGGCAUGGGCAACCACUAGAUUUUUGGGAUGUGCUAUAGCCGACUGCAAUUCAUACUAUGUAUCUGUCUGUAGAUAUUCUCCAGAGGGAAAUGUCAUCGGAGAAAUGGUCUACAAGCCUGGCCGUACUUGCACUGAAUGCAAGCGUGGUACAACGUGCGAAGAAGAACUGGGGCUAUGUGUCUAAGAAACUGGCAACCACCACACGAGAAUUAUUUUUUACAUCCUAUGAAGUGCGUAUGUUUGUCAAAAAUCAUGUACCUUACUUAUGACUACCAAGAAGGGCGUCUAAACGCAAAUUCUUCAACAUCUGUGUUGAAUAGGUUCUCUAAUA